AUGGCAUGUUACAGAAGAGCGAAAAUCGUUCUCGAUUCCUUUCGCAAUCUCUCUUCAAAACUUUCCUUUCUACCGAAAUCUCCAAUCCAGGACUCGUCUUCAAGAAUUUAUCAAAAUACCUCUGCAACUACAGCUAAGUUUUCUGGCUUCAAUUCGUUUUCUUCUGUUUCUCAGAGAGUAGUUUUUUCAACUCGUAUUAACAAGAAUCUUUGCAAUUCUAUUUACAACAAUACUAAGAGAUAUUAUUAUGUAGACCGUUAUCAUGUACAACAUUUUAGGCCACGAGGUCCAAGAAAGUGGUUUGAAAAUCAAACGAAUGUGUUAAUUGUUGUGUUGGUUGGUUCUGGGAUUGUGAUCACUUUGUAUUUUGGGAAUUUAGAGACGGUUCCAUAUACUAAAAGAACCCAUUUUGUGCUUUUAUCAAAAGCUGUUGAGAAAAAGAUCGGAGAGACCCAAUUUCAGCAAAUGAAAGCGGCUUUUAAGGGCAAGAUUUUGCCUGCUAUACACCCAGAUAGCGUGAGGGUUAGAUUGAUAUCAAAUGAUAUAAUUCGGGCUUUACAAAAGGGGUUAAAACAUGAGACUGUGUGGAGUGAUAUGGGGUAUGCCUCUCCUGAGAGUGAUGAAGCACAUGAGGGAAGAGCUCAUGAAACAUUAAGGGCCUUGAGUGAGACUGUUGAAGGGAGGAAUCUUGAGGGAGAUUGGCGUAAAGAAGAUGAAUUUCUUGAUGAGAAGUGGGUUCAGCACACUAGGAAGAAGGGUCAAGAGAGAGGAUUACAGGCUGCGACUUCUCAUUUGGAUGGAUUGAAUUGGGAGGUUUUGGUUGUCAAUGAACCUGUUGUUAAUGCCUUUUGCUUACCUGGCGGAAAGAUAGUGGUGUUUACCGGGCUGCUUGAGCAUUUUAGAACUGAUGCAGAGAUAGCAACCAUUAUUGGGCAUGAGGUUGGACAUGCUGUGGCUCGACAUGCUGCUGAAGGGAUUACAAAAAAUCUGUGGUUCGCCAUCCUACAACUGAUACUCUAUCAGUUCGUAAUGCCUGAUGUUGUCAAUACAAUGUCAACUCUUUUCUUGAAGCUUCCUUUCUCGCGGAAGUAUGUUCCCUGGUUGAUUGAUCGCCUCGCAAUAUAG